AGACCUAACCUACUAUAGCCUAGUCAGGAAACGCUAAACCAUCAGUGUACUGUGUAGGCCUUGAGCGUUCCAGCCUUCAUUAGGUGACUCGGUUAUUAUUGAGUUCCUCCAGGAAUUACAUAAUGAGUCAUUCUGUCGGAAUCUGUUUUAUUUGAGGAUAAUAUGUAAAAAUUACAUUGCAAGGAAGUUAUUUUAAAGUUAUACUUAUUUUUAAAUUAUGGAUCUCAAUUAAACCUUUAUAAAUUUAAACUAAGUUUGUAUUGUUGCCAGUGACUAAAUUUGAAAUAUACUUAGCUUUUACAUAUCAGCUUUAUUUUGUUGGAAAAGUUGAGUAGACAAAUCAAAAACUUAACAAUGUCUCAUAAACCAGCAGUGCUCACCAGUUAUCUCAUCACCCAGACUGAAUUCUAUGUUGGGCUUAGCUUAGCCAUAAGUUCAAGUUUAUUUAUAGGUUCUAGUUUCAUCAUAAAGAAGUUAGCACUCAUCCGCUUGAGUCGCAAUGGACUAUUACGAGCAGGAGCUGGAGGCUUCGGCUAUCUUAAAGAAUGGGUCUGGUGGGCUGGUUUAAUAACAAUGGGUGUGGGAGAGGCUGCAAACUUUGCUGCUUAUGCGUUUGCACCUGCCUCGCUGGUCACACCUCUGGGAGCCCUCAGUGUACUGGUAGCCUCUGUUCUUGCCUCCCGAUUUCUCAAUGAGAAGCUCAACCUUCUCGGAAAGCUUGGAUGUUUUCUCUGUGUGUUGGGUUCAACUGUAAUAGUGAUUCAUGCCCCCAAGGAGGAAGAGGUUGAAAAUUUGGAAUCUCUGUUGGAAAAACUACAAGAACCUGCUUUCAUCGUGUACACAUUGCUGGUGGUCAUAGUGUCCACAGUUAUUGUGGUUCACGUGGGUCCCCGCUACGGACACAGGAAUGUUUGUGUCUAUGUGGCUCUGUGUUCCGCUAUCGGCUCCCUCACUGUCAUGGCAUGUAAAGGUCUGGGCCUGGGUCUCAAGGAAACUAUUUCUGGUGAACAAAAUGAGCUGACGAACUGGCUUACUUGGACUUUCCUGGUCUUGGUGGUGAUAUUUGUCUCCAUGCAGAUGAACUACCUGAACAAGGCUCUGGACCUUUUCAACACAGGGAUAGUAACUCCUGUCUACUAUGUCAUGUUCACCACAUUAGUCAUCACAGCAUCUGCGAUACUGUUCAAGGAGUGGUAUCACCUGUCUGCAGAGGAUAUACUGGGCAAUCUCUGCGGUUUCCUGGUCAUAAUUGUCGGCAUCGUUCUACUAAACACAUUCAAGGACAUGGACAUCUCACUCAACGACAUGCAAGGUGUGUUCCGACCCAGGCGCGACUACUUGCCUCACAAAGUGCUACUGCGCGACGAUAACGUUCGCAUACCAAGAACCUAUGGCACCCCCGACAGUCUCUGACCCUCUUGCAAGAGUCUCUAGAGUGUUUAGUGACAUAUCGGUAUUGUAAGCCACUAACAUUCCUAAAGGUGUAGUCACUAUUCUUAUUUUUGAAGCUGUAUACUUAGAAUUCCAAAAGGAAAGCCUGUCAAUCUGUGAUAUAUUUACAUUUUUAAAUGAGUAUCCACUAGUGGUUGUACUUAUACAAUUUACUAUCUUAAAAGUGUUAUUUAUUUUGGAAUUAUUGAUAUUUUUGGAAUUCAUCAUUAAUGUUAGUAGAAAUACACCAGAUUUGGUAUUUAUUUAGCUUUAACUUGUUCUUUCUCGUUCUGUAUGGGCAAAUGAAGAUUGGUUAUGAAACAUUUUUGAACCAUGUUAAUGUUGUAAUAAUAAAUCAGAAAUUCUGUUUUUGGUGUACUGUUUAUUUAAUAAUAUAGUUUUUUUUAAUAGAUUUUGUUAUCACUUGGCCCUACUCUCCAAAAUUACUGCUAAAAUACUAAGACUGAAUCCUUAUACUCAGUUGUUUAUUUUUACGUAAAUUAAAAGCAAUUUUAUCUUCAAUAACCUGUAAAAUAUUUAGUAAUGAAAGCUAUUUUUAUAGGUUAUGUAAAUAGAAAUUCAUCAGACAAGUCAGUGCUUUUAAAAUGAUAUCUGUAACAAUUAUUCAGUAUAGUUGUGUGGUACUUUGUAUUGUAAGAGUUUUUAUAAUUUAAAGCUGCUAUAUUUGUGGUUUAUCAAUUAAUUAAGUAUACUUUUAAGUAAUAGCUUAUUCAUUUUUCUCUUUGGUGUUCAGUUUCAUUGCACCAUGUAACUUGUGUAGAAAGGACUACUUUUUCUUUGCUGUUGUAGAAGUCUCGGACAUUUUAUUCUCUUUUCCAUUGUUUCUGCCCAUACUCAUUAGCCCCUAACCUGAAAAUAGUUUAAUAGAACAGGAUAAAGACAUAUACCACUUAUGAUUGUGAUAAAAAUAUCAUAAGGUCAAUUGGAUCUGAUCCCAUAAUCUCUAGUCUUGUCUCUUAGCCUCUUUUUUUGUUCACUUAGGACAAUAAACUGAAGAAACCUCUCAUUGCACUUUGUCCUAAAAGGACUACUUCUGGAUUGAAAAGGUAUUCAGAAUCUAUCCUGGUUAGGGUUAGAUGCCGCUCCUGUCGAGAAUCAAUGUUACAUCCAACAUGAGGAGGGAUAGCGGGCACUAAUACCUGUCAUGUCAUGUUGAAAGUAGGGGAGAGGCUAGCUCUGUUCCAGGCUCUUAAGUGAAAGUGGGCAGAGAACAGUACUUCCUCAUCGUUAGGCUUGCAAAAACUUAAACACUAAGGGAACCCCACUUACUGUAUCAGUCAUCCUCUGCGAUAAUGUAGAUCUGUUGAUGAACCCUCUUACCCAAUAUCUCAACAUUUACGGUUAGUGAUGUGCCACUCGUGGACUUCCAUGGAAUAGCCCAGAUGUAAUUUUGAUACCUUGGUUUGUGCUCUACCUAGUGUAGAUUUAACUUAGAGGUAUAAGCCUGCCACAUUUCUAUUAUAAUUUCCAAAUUUGUUAUUGACGUCUUAUCACAAACACAUUUAAAUUACUAUUUUAAAUCAAAGUAUUUUUUGAAGUUGUUAUUCUUCGUAAUAAAUAUUUGAAUUGUAGUUCAUUUAUAUUGUUACAUGUUAAAUAAGGUGGAUUGCAAGAAAAAUUAUAAAGACAAAAAUGGUUCUUUACAUUGAACAUGGUUCUUUAUGGUUGAACAUAAAUGGAAGAUAUACAUUUUAUGUUCAACAAGUAAUACUCCUUGUUGAAAAUAUCCACAGCUCUUGAAGGCUAUGAAUUUUUUAAAUUUUACUAACACCAUUUAUGUAAUUUUACAUUACUUAAGACCUUAAAAAAAUAGUUUAUUUGAUAAAUACUUCAUUCAGUUCGUAACAGUAAUUUAUACUUAGUCAAUUAUUAUAUACGUAGUCAACAUAUUUAAUAUAUUUGUAAAUAUGUAUAUAGUUUGACCAAAAGCUGUAUAUAUUCUUUAUUUUGUUUAUAAAACAUUUUAUACGGUUUGCAUAUAUCUUGUAAUAAAAAGAUUGAUCUUUCUUCCAAAUAUUUUCGUACUUAUUGCUUCUUGUAAGUGUAACUUUAUUAGAAGUAUACAAUAUUAUAAUUGUGUAAUGUGGUUGUCUUUUAUGUCCAUUAUUUAUAUGAGGUUCGUUUUUCAACCUCCGAUCUCACGCCAUGAUGGCCAGGCACGUGGCAGGCCCGCGGUUGCACAGUAGUCAAUCAUGCAUCUUCUUGCUACAGCAUUGUCACUGUCGAGAUCGAGUAGUCAGUUUGCUCUUAGCUGCAGUCUCAUAAACAUGGCCACCUCUAUUAAUUCUCCCGGCAAAUGUAAGUUGAGGAGUGUAAUCUGUUUCCAGCAAGCAGAAGAAAAUAGUGCAGCAGAAAAAUCCAUUGGAGUGUGCCUUGUUAACAGAAAAAACAUGAGUGAAGGUGUUUUUCUGUGAUUUUUGUGGGUGUCUGUCAACAUCUUUGGCUUUCUACAACACCAUCACAAAAUUGGUAAACAGGGCAUAUUCUCAGAUGGAUUUCUGCUACACUAUUCCCUUCUGCUUGCUUGAAACAAAUAACACUCCUCAAUUUACAUUUCAUGGGAGAAUCAGUAGAUGCGGCCAUGUUUAUAUGACUGCAGCUUAGCGCAAAGUAGCUAAUUGAACUCGGCAGUACAAAUGUUGUAGCAGGGUAGAUGGGCGAUCGGCUACUGAACACACUGCGGAUCUGCCAUAUGUCUGGUCUUCAUGGCGUGAGAUCGGGGAUUGAAAAAAAAAACAACCCUCAAUACUAUACAUAUUGAUUCUAUAUAUUUUUGUGCUUCAAGUAUUGUACUGUAUAACCUAAAUGUGUCAUUAAUUGCAGAUAAUUAAACUAUAUUUGUUGAA